AUGUCUUAUGGCUCGAUGAGGACACAACGCGAGGGCCUGCCCCCGGCGGCGCUGGCCAAGGCAAUCAUCAGCCUGGUCGACGGGCGCAAGCGGUUCCCCAGCGAGGCCCAGCCCCAGGCCGCCCUACUGCUGGCGCGGCUGAGCCCGUUCGUGGCUGAGCAGCCGCCACGUGUCCAGCUGGACAUUUGCGGGCUGCUGCGGCUGGAGCGGUGCUAUAACGGACAGGUGCUUCAGAGGCAGGGCGGCAGGGGGCGGUCCUUCUAUAUCCUUCUGAAAGGCCUCGUCGAGGAAACGGUCGCCGCUGCCGACCGCUCGCGCACGGACCUCGUCCGCGCGCUGAGGCCCGGAGAUUCCUUUGGGGCGGAAGCCAUUCGCAAGCGGAAGUACACGUGUCCGACCGCCAUCCAGUGCCAGAGCCCGUGCUACUUUCUGAAGUUGGACAAGGCAAGCCGCAACACUUUUAACGCUGCUUGGCUGCUCAAGCAGAAUGAAGAGUCUCACCUCUAG